GAAUAACGGGUUACUCUUGGUGGACAGGACACCGUCGAAUCCACUUCGUUUGGUGCGCAAAAACUUGGCAGCUGUGAGAGCACUUCUAGUCUGACACUAACAGGAUAAAGUGCAUGGAAAGGGCUGCUUUUCUGCACAAGUAACAUUGUCCAGUUACCUUAUGUCCUGCUAUUCCCAGUCCUUUCUGGUCCGAAGCGCUUCCUCAGCUGUUUUGGAUGUUUGCUACUUGGAAAUGUGCUCAGAUAUGGAAUGAGACACACUGAGUGAAACUAUAAAGAAGUUCUAAAUGAGGAUAAAAAGUUUUGAACUCUGUACUCUGUUUUCAGCGCCUUGCACUGGUGGUCAGAAGCCCGUCUGUAUGCAGUUUUCCAGCAGCCGUUUCCUUGGAUGACACAGACCCGUUUGCUGAAGUGCCACAAAAAUACAUUCAUGUGGUUGUUGCAGCACUCUGUUGCCCCAAACGUUUUCUCUGGUGGCUAGUCCAGUCCUAAUCUUUCUACAGUGGCCAUUUUCUCCAUCUUUGGGUAUUGGUGCAGUCUUGGAUCAGGCUAUUCACCCCCUGUUGCUUCAGUACCCCCGUAGCAACCUUCAGUUUCUGCAUCUUGGUCUAGUUGCAUCUGGGGCCUUCCUACUUGGCAUCAAAGGUGCCAUUAACUACUGGAACGAAAUGGACCGGUUUUUUUCGAGGAAGUACUUGUAGUGUCGCUCUCAAGUCUGGGGAGCAGGAAUAAGAAGGGACUGGUGGAGUGUAGUUCGCCUUUUCCAGGUUGCUGAUCUCCGAACUGCUGGCUUAGUGGAAUAUAAGUUAUGCAGCAAGUACCCCUGGAGGAGACCGUCUUCUGUUUGCUGUGUCUGCUCACCUGCUUAAGUUCAGGCUCUCGACCUCGCCUGGAGGACUUCCCGCCUAGGAUUGUGGAACACCCUUCAGAUCUCAUUGUCUCCAAAGGAGAACCGGCCACUCUGAACUGCAAGGCUGAAGGCCGCCCUAAUCCCAUUAUUGAAUGGUACAAGGAUGGAGAAAGGGUUGAGACAGACAAGGAUGACCCUCGCUCACAUCGAAUGCUGCUCCCUACUGGCUCCCUCUUCUUUUUGCGUAUUGUCCAUGGUCGGAGGAGUAAACCAGAUGAGGGAAUGUAUGUGUGCGUAGCCAGGAACUAUCUUGGGGAAGCUGUAAGCAGAAAUGCAUCACUCGAAGUUGCUAUUUUGCGUGAUGACUUUCGACAGACCCCUAGUGACACGGUUGUUGCUGCAGGAGAACCUGCUGUCAUGGAGUGCAUACCACCACGUGGUCACCCUGAACCCACCAUCUCCUGGAAAAAGGACAACAUUCAGAUCAGUGACAAAGAUGAAAGAGUAACGAUUCGUGGUGGAAAACUAAUGAUAUCGCACACAAGAAAAAGUGAUGCUGGGAAGUAUAUAUGUAUCGCCACAAAUAUGGUAGGAGAGAGAGACAGUGAAGCUGCAGAGCUUGUCGUGUUUGAGCGACCCUCAUUUGUGAAACGUCCUGUCAACCAGGUUGUGCUGGAAGGGGACAGGGUGGACUUUAACUGUGAAGUGCAUGGUGAUCCAAUACCGAGCAUUCGAUGGCGCAAAGAUGAAGGGGAACUUCCACCAGGAAGGUAUGAGGUGACCAGUGGUAACACUCUAUCCAUAACUCGGGUCAGUGCUGAGGAUGAAGGCAUGUAUACCUGCAUCAGUGAGAACACUAUUGGAAAAGUGGAAGCAUCUGGUUCCCUAAGUGUACACGUUGGCACAUUCUUGCCCCCUCGGUUAGUGACUCGGCCUAGGGAUCAGAUUGUAACACGAGGCCGGACUGUUUCAUUUCAGUGUGAGACCAAAGGAAACCCUCCUCCAGCAGUGUUUUGGCAAAAGGAAGGUAGUCAGAAGUUGCUAUUUCCUAACCAGACGCCACAGCCACUGGGCCACUUCUCCGUCUCUCUGAAUGGAGUGCUCACCAUUAGCGAUGUUCAGCCUGAUGAUUCAGGUUAUUACAUGUGCCAGGCUAUUAGCGUGGCAGGAAGCAUACUGGCCAAGGUACUGCUGGAGGUGGAAGAUGUGAUGUCAGAUCGUAUUCCCCCGAUUAUUCGUCGGGGCCCAGUGAAUCAGACACUUACCAUCAAUACAACAGCACAACUGCAAUGCCAUGUGAUGGGAAACCCAGUUCCCACAGUACAGUGGCUGAAAGAUGGGCAGAAAGUAGUAGAUGAAGACCCAAGAGCAGCCCUGCUGGCCAACAGCACCCUGCAAAUCGCUAAUCUGCAGGUGACUGAUUCUGGACUGUAUUCAUGUGUUGCUACAAGUUCAAGUGGAGAGACAACACAGAGUGGCUACCUUGAGAUUAGAGAGAGUAUCAUUUGGACGACUGCUCAGCCAUCUGACCUAAGCUACCUUCCAGGAUCGCCAGCCAAGCCCCUCAUUACUGAUGUCACCAAGAAUAGCGUUACACUGAUAUGGCAGCAGAAUACUCCUAAUGGCGGGGACACUGUGUCAUUGUAUAUCAUUGAAGCAUUUAGCCAAUCAGCUGGUGGCACUUGGCAGACGGUGGCAAGCAAUGUGAAAGUGGAGAAGCAUACAGUGACUGGAUUAAACCCCAAUACUGUCUAUCUUUUCCUUGUCCGAGCCAUGAACUCUUACGGAGUGAGUGACCCCAGCCCCGUUUCUGAACCUGUCCGCACACAAGAUGUCAGUCCCACAGGAGAGGGUGUCAAUCAUAUACAAGUCCAAAAGGAACUUGGAGCGGUUGCUGUACAGUUGCAGAAUCCAGUUGUCCUAUCUUCAUCUAGUGUACAGGUCUCUUGGACAGUGGAUAAGCAGUCACAGUUUGUACAGGGUUAUCGUGUGAUGUACCGCAGUAGAUUCACUUCCUGGUUAGUCCAGGAUGUGAAAUCACCAUCAGAGUGCAGCUUUAAACUCACAGAGCUCAAGAAGGGAACCGAAUAUGAGAUUAAAAUACGUCCGUACUUUGAUGAAUUCCAAGGCAUUGACAGCGAGGUCCUGUCCAUCCGGACACCAGAAGAAGCUCCAAGUGCCCCUCCCCAGGCAGUUAGUGUACUAACCUAUGGACUAAGCAAUACAACAAGUGUUAGCAUAUCCUGGGAGCCACCACCUGCUGAUGAACAGAAUGGGAUCAUCAAAGAAUACCGGGUUUGGUGCCUAGGGAACGAGACACGCUUUCACAUCAAUAGAACUGUGGACGGAGCUAUGCUGUCUACUGUGUUGAGGGGGUUAGUUGCUGGUGUCCAGUAUCGCAUUGAAGUAGCAGCUGUCACCAGUGCUGGGAUUGGUGUCAAAAGUCAACCUGUCACCAUUCGCAUUGAGCCAUCAUUGGAUCAGAACUCUGUCACCGUGGAUGGUGCGCAGAAUGUGAGCUUAGCUGAACAGAUCACAGAUGUGGUUAAGCAGCCUGCCUUUAUUGCCGGCAUUGGUGGGGCAUGCUGGGUCAUUCUGAUGUGCUUUACUGUCUGGAUCUACUGCAGACGUAAAAAGCGAAAGGAGCUUAGUCAUUACACAGCCUCAUUUGCGUAUACUCCAGCAGUCUCAUUUCCACAGGCAGAAGGGUCUGGCCUUAUGAACAGGAGACCUGGAAUGCUCACCACUAACAUGAGCAACUAUCCUUGGCUAGCUGAUUCCUGGCCAGCCACAAACUUAAUGAGGAAUGGAAAAGAUAUGGCAGUGGCGUGUUGUGCUACAAACGCAGACUCCAGCGAUCGAUACUACAAUGCUGCAGGCAUUUCUAAUUAUAUUGCCCAGACAGAGAAGUUUGGAAUGACAGCAUCAGAUGGAGCAAUCUACAGCACAAUCGACCCUUCCAGUGAUGAGAUGCAUACAUUCAACGGGUCUCUGUCCCAAAAUCCAACCCCUUAUGCCACCACCCCUGUGGUACCAUUUGGAGGACAGUGCCAGCAUGUGUCGGAUCAAGAGUCAAAUAUGUGGAGCAUUCAGCCAGGAUCUGCUGCAGUGCAGUAUGCCCAGCCAGACCGAAGCAGAACAGAAAAUGUUGGCAAAAUGGGAAAGCAGAAGUCAGUGGGGAAAGCAGUGAAAACUCCUUCCCUGAACUGGUCUGAGCAGUUACCUCCACCACCUUCUGCCAGUGAGUUGGGCGAGUACACUGAAGAGGAAGAGAGGCAGUUUGGAUAUGAGACAGAAGACUGGUGCCCACCACUGCCAGAGAGACCAUACUUAACAGAGCCUGGUAUACAAGGUGAGGGUCCACCUCCCCCUCCACGUGGGGAAGCAUCCUCGCCUGCUAGUUCCUAUGGCCAGCAGUCCACAGCAACCCUUACUCCUUCCCCCCGGGAGGAUAUGUGCACUUCUGAAGAUAUUCCUCGCUUACAUCAGUUUGAAAUUCUACAGCUGCCCAGACGUUUACCUGUUGGCCCAGUCCCAUUACCCCGGCCCCCGACACCUCCCCUCACCCAGUCUAAUCCUGACCUGAAUGCUCUUGAGAAGAAUGUACAGGAUCACAACUUCCGUGUGGGACACAGACGUAACUUAAGUCAGACGGCAGCAAUGAGUGCAGAGAAUGUGAGUGCAUCGGAUACAGCAGGUAAUGUGAGAAAUGUACUCAGAGAUGGACUACACACUCCUCCCGGACAAAAAUCCAGGGCCAAAAGGAAACACAAAGCUGCCCCUUACCGAAAAGACCUCAGACAAGGCGAUCUUCCUCCUCCUCCUGAUCCUCCCCCAGUGGAUACCUCCUGCUCAUCCCCGUUACAGAAUGGGCGGAGCUUGGAUUGCAGCCUGACAUCACUGGACCAAGAAGGAAGCGCUUCCUCAUCUAUGGAAAGAAGAGAAGAAAGAGGGCGUGGUCACCGUAAAACAGGAGGAAACCAGCACCGAGGGGAGGAAGACGUCAUUCCAUACAGCAGACCUAACUUUUUGUCCCGGAGUCAGUUAUCUAGUAACUGUUCCACAGCUGGAAGUUCAUCAUCCAGGGGUUCUGCAGGGUCUGGAUCACGGGGUCAUGGUUCAGGGCGAAGUCGGACAACAGGAGACCGCACUGAGGACAAGAGAUGAAGAGAUCUACGAAGCUGAGUGAAAGACUUGGAAAUUAUUUUGUCCUUGCACCUGAAUCUCUGUACAGGACCACUCUCCCCCUCAUUAGAGACUUUGGAUCAAAUUUAAUUUUUUAUUUAUAAUGGACAUUUUCAUUCACUGCCAACUGUAAAUAUCCAUUGAGGUUUUCCUCCAUGGAGUUGUUCUGUUCCUGACUUUUUGGGAACAUAUUGUACUGUAUUUAUAUGAGACAACAUAGGCAGUUGUAAUGUACUGUAAAGUUUAUAUUUGGAUGUGCCAAUUUUUGUAUCAAGUAUGCAUUUAAAAAGACAGAUAAGGUUUGCUCUCCAUGUUUGAAAUGUAAAUUGACCACAGCUGUUUGUCACAUGACUAACGGUAAGUUGGAGAUAGUUUGCAGCAGUUUGUUGCUUGAAAUUAUUUGCUUGCCAAAACAAAGAUGUGUCUUACAAAAAAUAAAAGGAUGCCUGUGACUUAUCUAGUGGGAAUCAGCCUGAUAAUUAGGCUAUUCCCACUGUCCAGUCAAAAAAAUAUUUUUUUUAUACAAAUUGAAACUGCUCUCAGUUUGUAAAACAAAUGAUACACCAUUAGAACUGACUGAAUUCAUUACCUUGUAAGCAGAUAGUAAUAAUACCUUUUCUGUGACUGAUAAACUGUUUUUCUAUUUAUAAACUGAGCCUACAGAAUG